GUGUUCCCAGAACGGUCUUGUUAAUUCCAACACGUGCUGUUAAUUUUUGUUAAAGUUAUUAACUAAAACACCGGGGGAAAUGGCAAGCACAAAGCGCCGGGAGCCGCUGCUGUACAUGGAGGAAUACCGGGUCAAACAGGAUCCGCAGGACUACGGACUGGCGGACGAUGUGUUCACCAUUGAUUCGUUCAAGGAGAAUCUGCAAAUAAGCAUCGUGAAAAACGACGAGGAGGGCCUGGAGUUUGAUCUGAUUGGCGUUUAUCCGGCCAUUGCGAAUGCCUUCCGCCGGCUAAUGCUCAGCGAUGUGCCCAGCAUGGCCAUCGAAAAGGUGUACAUAUACAACAACACCUCGAUUAUCCAAGACGAGGUGCUGGCCCAUCGGAUGGGCCUGCUGCCGCUGCGCGCUGAUCCCCGGCUAUUCGCCUACCGCACGGAGGAGAGCACCGAGGCGGGCACCGAGCAGGAUACUCUGGAAUACGAGCUGAAGGUGAAGUGCACGCGGCGUCGCGACGCUGGAAAGGAUCAGUCGAACUUCGAUGACAUCUAUAAGAACCACAAGGUGUACUCGGGCCAUCUGAAGUGGCUGCCGAAAGGAAAGCAGGCUCAGAUCUACAGCGAAAGUGCGGUGAAUUGCAUCCACGACGAUAUACUGAUUGCCCAACUCCGUCCGGGUCACGAGCUGGAUCUGCGCCUGGUGGCGGUCAAGGGACUCGGCCGGGAUCACGCCAAGUUCUCGCCGGUGGCCACGGCAACUUAUCGACUGCUGCCGCAGAUAACGCUGAAUCGCGAGGUCUCCGGCAAGGAUGCGUACCUUCUGCAGAGCUGCUUCUCGCCCGGAGUCAUUGGCAUUGACGAGAACGAAACCGCCUAUGUGAAGGACGCGCGUUAUGACACCUGCAGCAGGAAUGUCUAUCGUUAUCCUCAACUGAACGGUGCCGUGACUUUGGCCCGUGUGCGAGAUCACUACAUAUUCUCCAUUGAGUCGGUCGGUGCACUCAAGCCCGAUGUCAUCUUCCUGGAGGCCGUCAAGGUGCUGAAGAAGAAGUGCCGGGCGUUUAUAGACGAAAUUGAGUCGGAAUAGUUUAUUUAUUUAGUUGUUAAAAAGAUUAUUCUAUGUACAUAAGACAACGUAACUUGAUAUAAAAUCUAAGCCUAAGAACUGCG